AUGGAUUUACCUGAGGAGGAGACAGAUGCAGAUGUAACUGCUGGUGCAUCUUUUACUCUUCAUGGCAAUUUCAGAGUAUUUGCUCGUGCAAUUUUGGCAUUGAAUCGUGUUGGCGAUGAAUUAUAUAUGGAACCGAGUGAUUUAGGCCUUAUUUUACGAUCGUUAAGCUGUUCGAAAUCAGCCUUUGGUACUUUUAUGUUUGCAAAAUCGUUCUUCAGUGAAUGUGAUGUGUUGAGACUCGAUCCGAAUGCUUACAAUGUGUGUCGAAUUCCAAUGAAGUGUGCAUUAGCAGCUUUCAAAUGUGUGAAAAAUUGUGAAAAAGCGGUUCUCUCCUGUCAGCUUUAUCUCAAUCCUCGGGCCGAUACCAUGCUUAUUCAACUCACACACACAUAUGAUGUUAUGAAAAAUCACAAAAUACCAUUCUUCGAGUGUACUACCAUGUUUCGAACCGUUGUUGAUAAAGCAAAUCUGAAUAACUGUUUUGUGAUAGAAGCAAGACUAUUGCUCGAAAUAUUCAAUCGAAUGAAUCACAACACGGAUGAGAUUUCAAUUGAUGCUAAAAUUGAAGAAAUAUCAUUCCGAAAUUAUAUUACAGACGAGCAAGAUAAGGAUAUGGUCAUGAAAACAGAAGGGAAAAUUCCAAUUUCUGAAUUUCAGAAAUAUAAUAUCCAACGGCCAGCCGAAAUUACUGUGAAUUUGAAGGAAUUAAAAGCUAUUGUGAACUUUGCUGAUGUUCAUCAGUCAUUUGUCAGCAUUUAUUUUGAUCAGCCAGGAACACCUAUAGUAAUAGCUUUGGAAGGUGAUGUCAAUUAUACAGCAGAAGUAAUACUCGCAACAGCUGUGGAUGAUCCAAAUGACGUAAAUCCCGAAGUUCCUGUCGAAGUCAUUCAUGUCCCACCUGACGAAGGGCAGCUUAAGCGGAAGCGAAGUCAAUCUUCGUUAAGUCUGCAUAUUUCGGAAAAUUUGGUGGCAGAUUGUGCAAAAAAAAUCAUUGAGACAUCAAUUACCAAAAGUAAUGAUGCGAAUGGACCGUUCAAUGGAUUAGAGAACAUGGAUUUUGUUAUUGGCCCACCAUACGCAACGUCUUCUCCCAUCAUCGAAUUACAAUCCGAAAAAAAAGAAGAUCGCACAACAGCGGAGAGUCUAAAAUUGCAAAAUGAUGUAAUGGACACUGAUAACAAUGUGAUGGAAACUUCAAGAAUGAAUGCUGAUGUUGGUGACAUUGGGAGAUCUGGAUCAGAAAGUCCGCCUUCCCAAGGUCCAGCUCUAUUUCGCUAUUUAUUUUCACUUGAUGAGCCGACAUUUGAUUCAGCAGAAUUUUUCCGCGAUGCAGAAGUUUUGGCCUCAGAUUCAGGUUCGGAAUCUUCAAAUCCGCAUCCUGAGCAAUAUAUCUUUGAUUUUGACUCAGAGGUCAAUCCUUAA